GACCGACCAGACCCCGUUGAAGCCGUCAGCGCCCAAAGCCCGCGUAGAGACCACCUCGCCCCUGGCCGCUCCCGACUCCGGCGGCCGGCGGCGACCGCGCAUCCAUUCCAGCGCCUCGCCGGAGGCGCGGUCGAUCCGCUAUGGACGACUCCGUCCUCUUCGACGACCUCGGUCCCUCCAAGGCCCCGCCGGCCUCCGUCUACGACGACAUGUUCGACUCCUACUUCAACCGGGCGGCCGAGCCCCCCGAGCCAUCACCCAAGGCUUCUUCCUCGCCGUCGACGCCGCCGCCCGUGUUCGACAAGCCCGUCUUCGACGACGACCCCGACACGGUCGAUCCUUUCGAGGCGAUCCCCUUGUUCGGAGAUGGUGGCGGCGGCGCCGGGGGUGGGGAGGACUUCCUGGGUAGCGUCGGGAGGGCGGCGGAGCCGGAGAGGAGGGAGCCGGAUGCGUUGGGCUUGGAUGACGACUUGAUCCCUGGGCUGGUUGGGAGCGCCACCAAGUCGACGGAGGAACCGGUCAGGAAGGUGGAGCAGGACAGUCAGGCGGUGGGGUUGGACGACGAUUUGGUCCCUGGAUUCGGUGCGAGCAUGAAUCCGGCGCUGCAAAUGGAGCCUGAGACUCUGGGGUUUGAUGAUGGUGUGAUCCCUGGCUUUGGUGGAGGCACGAGCCAUCAAGAUUCGGCAAGGGAGGAGCCUAUAAUGAGACAAGGAAGUGAGCCAAUUUCAUCCAGCAAAAUGAGUGUGAGCAUGCCAGAAGAUCCUUUCGUCAUUUUAGGUGGUACGCACAAAUCGGGAUAUUUAUCUUUUGGAUUGUUUUCAGAUCAUUUGGGUAACAACAGCAUGCCUGUGAAGGUUGGGAACACAAAGGUUGAAGCACCUGAUGAUACCGGUGGCAUGUUUCAGAGUUCUGAUAUUUUUGCUGAGUUUCCAAAAGCCAUACCAUCCUUUUCAUUUACAUCUGAAAACAAGAGUGAUACAGUGAGUCAUUCUGAUCAGAUGCCUCAGGAGAAGCCAGGCCAACGAGCUUCAACAAAAGCACAUAACGAUAUAUUGCCUGAGGUGAACAUCCCUGGGGCCUCUGCUAUCCAUGAAAUACCUGGCACCACUGUUUUCCAGACCUUAAACCCAUUUGCUGGGGAAGAAGAAUUGUUAGAGGUGAAUCAAUCUUCACAAAUGCCUAAUGAAGUCUGGAUAACUGUUUCAGAUAUUUCUCUAGUGACACAACCUACAAGUGCACCACCUCCUUCACGGCCUCCACCUCCACUUGCCGCCAAGAAACCACCAACUGAAUCUGUAAACAGUGAAACAUAUAUACUUGAUCAUCAUAAUCAAGGCUAUCAUCACUCCAUAGGUUCUGCAAAUGCUUCUAAAACAUACCAAAUUGAUGAUCUGGAAGAUUUUUUCAUGGCAAAACCUGCUAAUUUUGCCAAUGGGCGUCCACAAGUUCUAAAGCAUGAAGGAAAGGAACAACAUUCAUCUGCAGCUACUGCAAGUUUCAUGGAUUGGACUGAGAUGGGACACUCUAAAGGUGGGAACCAAGGAACUUUUGAUUCUAUGUUCACUAGCAAUCAAUAUGGACAGCCUAUAGAUGAGAAAACAGAGUCCCGUGCUUAUGAAAUGGAAGAGAAAAAUGAGAAAGAGAGAUUAGAGCAUGAACGAAUACAAAGAGAACAUGAAGAGGAGCAAAGAAAAGAGGAAAAGGAGAGGGAAAAGGAGCUUGAGAGGGAAAGGGAGAGGGAGAGGGAAGAAGAGCUUGAGAGGGAAAAGGAAAAGGUGAGACAAAAGGAACAAGAGGAGCGGAAGAGGCGUGAAAAAGAGAGAGAGGCCAGGCAGGCUGUAGAGAAGGCUGUAUGGGAAGCACGCGAAAGAGCAGCUGCUGAAGCACGCAUGCAAGCUGAGAAGGAAGCUCGUAAAAAAGCAGAGCGAGCUGCAGUUCAGAAGGCAACCGCUGAAGCUCGUGAAAGAGCUGCGGUGGAGGCAAGGGAAAGAGCUGCAAAGGCUGCUGCAGAAGCUAAGGAAAGAGAAGCAGCGGAGGCUAGGGAAAGGGCUACCAAAGCUGCUGCAGAUGCAAGGGAAAGAGCUGCCAGGGCUGCUGCUGAAGCUAGGGAAAAGGCAGCAGCAGAAUCUCAGGAGAAAGCUGCUGCAGAAGCUCGGGCAAAAGCUGAGCGAGCUGCUGUUGAGAAAGCUGCAGCGGAAGCACGAAGGAGGGCUGAAAGAGCAGCGUUCGAGAGGGUUGCUGCUGAGGCUCGGCAAAGGGCUGCUAAUGAAGCCAGAGAAAGGGCUGCAGCUGAAGCACGGGCAAGAGAAAAUCAGCAAAGCACUACAGAACCUGAUCUUGAGUCAUUCUUUGGUAUGCCUUCUAGAUCAAGUAGUGUACCGAGAUCACACACCGCAACAACGAACCCUUUCGAUGUUCAACCUCAAGGUAAUGCUGGUUCUGGUGCUGUAAGGAGGACAUCUUCUGGUUCAGUUUCUCCCUUCACACAGCCUCCACCAAGCAAUCUUGUAGAUGACCUAUCUUCUGUAUUUGGAGCACCUUCAUCAUCUGCUGUAUUUCAAGAAGUGCGUGGAGAGAGUGAAGAAAGAAGGAAGGCAAGAUUGGAACGUCACCAAAGGACAAUGGAGCGUGCGGCAAAAGCUCUUGCUGAGAAGAAUGAGCGUGACUUGCAAGCUCAACGGGAGCAGGAAGAGAGACAUAGAAUUGGCGAAUCACUUGAUUUUGAGAUAAAGAGGUGGGCUGCUGGGAAAGAAGGCAACCUUCGGGCUUUGCUGUCAACAUUGCAAUAUAUUCUUUGGCCAGAAUGUGGUUGGCGACCUAUAUCACUGACUGAUUUGAUUACAGCUGCAUCUGUCAAGAAAGAGUACAGGAAAGCGACCUUGUGCAUCCAUCCUGAUAAGGUGCAGCAAAAGGGUGCAAAUCUUCAACAAAAGUACAUCGCAGAAAAGGUGUUUGACCUUCUGAAGGAAGCAUGGAACAAAUUCAACUCAGAAGAACUCUUCUAACACCUCGUUUAUGAAACAUGUUAAUCUUUAUAUCCUUUGAAAAUGAGGUACUGGGAAGGACACAAGUGGCGAGCUAUGGUAAAUAUUUAUAUUCCUUCACAUUAUACUGUGGGUAGUUGUGUUACAUUUCUGUUAUAUCCUUGUUUCUGAUUUCUUAUUUCUUCUAUUCAUUGACAUCUGUAAUUAUAUUUCUGCUGUGUGUAACUUUGUAUGUUGUUGCCCCGUGGGCAGCUAAGCAAACCUGUAGAGAAACAGUCUGGAAAUGCAGUGAUGAAAGUGAGAGACUCCAUUUUUGACAAGCAUAGCAUUUACAUGCCAAUCCUGUGUGGAUGGUCUAA